UCUUCAUUACCUGUUCAGUCUCUAUCUGCAAAAGUUGGAGAUACCAUAGAACUAGAUUGUUCUGUUGCUAGUCAAUCGAAUACAGAAAUAUCCUGGUUCAAAUACGGCGCCCCACUUCGGGACAUAACAUAUCGAAGGACAGAUGGUCAGUCAAAAUCCGGGAAGCUGCUUUUAGAUGACUUGCUGCUUGCAGAUUCAGGAAAUUACACUUGCUCUGUAAAUAACACACUGGGUAAGACUUUUGCCUUACGCGUUUAUGGUGAGUAAAUAUUUUGCUGUGUAUGGAUUAAACUUUAAUGAAUCCUAAAAAGUCUGCUCUAGUUUAAACCUAACCCUCUAGUUUGUUCAAAAAGUUAGCCUACGAAAACUAACUUUGGAGUAAGCAUAAAAAAACUUAGCACUGUAUUCAAAUUCAUUCAAAAUGCUUCAUCAUUAAUUUGUGAUUACCAGUAGCUCCAAUCUCCCAACGAAUUCUUCAUAAAUAACAAACGCUUACUAAUUAUUGGGAAGAUGUUAGUAAUACAGUAAAAACCCGCGAGUAAGAACCUACAUUUUCCAGGGUUAGCCUAAACAGGUUCUUACAUAAAUGGAGGUUAACAUAAAUUUAGGCUAUCUAGGUUCUUAAUAGCUUCUUAAUUUCUUGCAAAAAAUUAUGUCGUUGCUAUGAAGAUUUUAGUGAUCAGCACCCUUAAAUUUGCAUACCUAAUGUUGCUUAUAUUUUAACAUGACCAUAACAGAGAUCUUUUCUCACAUGAAUUUUAGUUUCUUGAGUCAAAACAACUUUAUAUACAUGAUUGUGCUGUAAAACACAAUAUUAUAAACAUUUUCUCAAUGACCUCAAUCAAACAACAUUUAUAUAUGUCCUAACUUGCCUUUUGCAAUUGCAGUUAGUAAAUAUUUUUAAAUGAUUUUUGAAAAUAAGAACUUUUCUCCAAAUUUUAGACUAAAGAGGUUCUGAAAAAGAGGGGGCAUAAAUUGCAAAUUUUAGCCUAACAGGUUCUUAAAUCUUAGGUUCUUACUCGUGGGUUUUUACUGUAUGUCAUCGAUUCGAUGGUAUAUUUCUUUGGAAACUAGCUAGGUUGAUCGAUGGUUUAUUUGUCUGGAAUCGAUCAAUGUCGCUUGGGAAUAGUGACCUCUAAAAAAGCGUUCACGACAAGUAUUCGAACACGAAAUAGCACCUAAAAUCUGAGAAGAAGACAUAUUACCACUCGAUGGAUACUAUGUCUAUAUCCUGACACCCGCGCCGCGAAAUAGGCCAAAGUUUUAAAGAACAUCUACUAGGAGUUAAGCUUGUUAAAAGAUUAGGGAUAUUUGGAAUGGAUAAUUGUAAUACAGUUAUAGCAUUUGGCUUUCGCUGAUCUUGGAAGCUGAAAUCUAAAUCGGCUGCAAAACUAUUUACUUCGUACGAAACCCCAAUUCAAUUAUGAGUAUGUCUAAAUGUCGCGGGUGGUAGAGGUCGCGGGUGCGGGUGCGGGUAAAGGUCGCGGGCAAACAUAAAUUUCCAAAUUUAACAUUAAAUUGUUAAUAAAAUAAAGGAAAAUUUGAUUAUGUUUCAAAGAAUAUUUGCAAUACUUUAAAGCUAACUAAGGGCGAUACAAAGGAAAAAGUCACUAAAGAAAAAUCCACAUGAUUAAAACUACAUCGGCUAGUUAAAAUUGCACUAAGUAACCGAGCUACCCGCGUUUGGGAUUUGUUGGGGAGGAGGUUAAUGUUCUGAUAGAGAAAAGAAAAGUAUCAGUGGAUAUGUGAUGACUUGUCUUGGUGGUUGAUUCAAAAAACCUUCCGGGGAUUUCACCCACUCCCCUACCUUGUACGCCCAAAGGUUUAAGGGUACUAAGUUGCAAUAUUACAAAAAAGUAGUUGGUCCUUUGCUGACUUCUAUAUUACCUAUAUGUAGCAGCGAAGUGUAUUGAAAAGGGAGUGUAAAAAUUCAGUGCCCGCCUUAAACAGCCGAAACCGUAUCGGACUGAAAAACUAACUUUAACUAAUACUUCGUUUUUUCUUUUUUCUGCACAUCGAGACAAAUAAAAUUAAUUUUGGUCGCAUAAAUGCGUAAUCUCCCAGUAGGUUUUUUUUAUCAUUACCAUGUUACGAGUGAUCAGUCUUAAAUCUUGUUUCCUCCAUGGCUAGUACAUUUCUAUCUUCAUUUUUGAGGAAAAAAUGGAAAAAUCAAAAUUUCGUCAAGACCCCCCCUCCUCGCCCCAAGACCUGGAAUGGCAAGUGAAACCAGGGUUUAGCGCUGUGAUAGAUUAGACAGGAAAGAGUUAGAGAUAGCUAUUACAUUUAAGAAGACCUUAUAAUACUUCAAUUAGAACCUUUUUUUGUUUUUCAACAACGAGCUCUUGAAAUUAAAUAAAAAGAAAUGAUUAAGACCUCGAGCAAGAUCUUACAAAGGUGGCUACUUCUUUGAAGUAAGAAUUCUCCCCUCCCCUUGAACGACAUUCUUGACCCCUUCUUUAUUCAGUGUAGGGGUCCGCAGUGUCAGCUUAUGUGACUUGUCCACUUAAAAAAAAUGGUUUUUACCCUAUGUAUAUAUGAUUCAGAAGACACAAUUUGGUUCAUCGAAAAUACAGCUUUGACUUUUUUUGCACUAAAUGAGACUUGCGUGUACUUAAUUCCUCACCAAAAAGUAUGAAUUGAGAGUUGUCAUUCGUCGUUCGUCCUCAAUUUUGGCGCGGUAGCACGAAAGAAUUUGCCAUCCUGGUAAAUCGAAUUUUUCCCACGUUACUGGCGGCUUGAUCACGGCAACAAUACCCGUGCACGUGGAUAAAACUUUCACUGACAAAAAGGAAGAACAUUUCCAGGUUUACUUCGAUCAGUUCUUUAUUCUGAUGGAGUUCGAUAGUUCCGUUGAGUUUUGGGAGGCCAUACGAUUAGCGCUGAUCGUAUGGCCCCCAAAAUAUAACAACACGCAAUAACAUUUCUUAUAACGUCCGUUUACAGCAUAGUUUAGUUAUUAUUCAGACUUCUAUCGGAAGUUUUACUUACGCAGAAAACGUGUUGUAUAUGCUGUUCUUUGUCAGUUGUAUUCAUUCCCUGAAGAAGUCUUAGUAGGAGACGAAACGUGUCGGAGAUAAACGAAAAAGCGUACAACUACAAUAAGACUUCCUUAGUGCUUCUAACUAGUCUUCGUUAAAAAAUUUUAAAAAAAUUUGUUGUUGUUGUUUAUUUUAUCUUUUUGUUAAAUUUGGUGAUUUAUUUUUACCCGCGACACUUACCCGCACCCGCGAACUUUACCCGCACCCGCGACCUCUACCCGCGAGUCGCGACCCGUGACAUUUAGACAUACUCUUCAGUUAUUGUUAUUAUACAUAAAGUGUAAGUCUCCUUUGGGGAGAUAAGAGAAGGGUUGAGUUUCAUGCAGAGGUAAGAAAACUAAUACUUGAAUUGACCUCCCUUUUUGAAGUCGCCUCCUACCCUCUUGACAGAGACAAAGUAUCUGCGCAAAAAAAUCUCUUUACUCUUGAUCUAGCAAUUUUUCUCCAUUGUCUUUUAUAUUCUUUUUAGAGUCUUCUUCCAGUUAUCCCAUUAUUAAGAAAUCGUCAAUGUCUAAUAAGACUGCAGUAUUUGGAAGCGAGGUUAUUUUUCAUUGUCACGUGGCUAGUGACUCUGUUACUUACGUCAGAUGGUACUUCAAGGGAAAAACCGUGGAAACAAACACGUCAAGCAACUCAACAUCCCAUAAGGAAUUUGUACGGAUUACAAACGUCUUACCAGUUAAGGUUUUGAGUAUUGUCAAUAGCGAUAAUAAUGGUCAUCGUUACAGGGGAGAAGCAAUGUUUGUUGUGCAGAAUAUAUCGUUUAAAGAUGAAGGUGAAUACAUCUGCGAAGCAUUUAAUGAACGCGGGAAGACGAAAUGUGGGGCUUUCUUAAAGGUCAUCAAAGGUAAGCUUAUUUGAACGUUUUAUCUAUUGUCGAGUCAACUAUAUCACCUAAGUGGAAUAAAGCAGUGAAUUAUCCGAUGCAAUAGUAGUAUAUACAAGUGGGAUCGAGUGUAUCGCGACGUUAACGAUCCGUAUUUCUUUUUAAAUAUCCUUAUAACAGGAUUAAGUAACUCUUUCUUCGUUAAUAAAGUUUUUCAAAUUAUUUCGAGGAAGGAGCAUAAAGUGUUGUCAUAACCAUAUUUUUCGUUUGCAACGACGACGGCAACAGCAAUAAGAACGGCAAAAAGCAAUAGUAGGCUUAUAUUAGCAGUUUGCCAGCAAAACAGCAACUUCGCACGUGUUUCACGCUGUUUUGCACAUUUCCUAGCCGUCGUUGCACGACUGCGCAACGAAUGCGACAUGAAACUUGCUAAUUUCACGCGCCCGCUUUGCGGAGUAGGUAGACACAACACAAAAAUUGUCUUAACCAUAACCUUUUGAACCCGCUGAAGUAAACCUCUGUUUCCUAAGAAGACCGCUAAGUUGAUCGACGGCAGCGGAGAACGUAAACGUCAGUUGGCUUUUUUCACGGCGCUUUCAAUUCAGCAAAAAUUCCGGUUUGAAAUUUCAGAAAUUCCACGUGCCCAGUGAAAAAGCACAUUCCGGUUGCCCAGACCCGACCCAAGCUACGGGGCGUUUGGUUAUUGUUCUUGUAAGCGGGAUACAAAUGAGCGGUACUGGGGACAACAAUUUUGUCAAAUGGAAAGGGACAUUUCGGUCCGACCGACAGAGAUAAGCGGACCGGUCAAAGUGGACCACAUUCAAAGCUGGUACCGAAUAUUACGGUCGGACUAAACCGAAAUGGUCCUUUCCAUUUGAUGUACCAACCGAAAUUUCCGGAAUUUUGGGUUGAAUGGAAAGCGCCCCACGUGUUUAAAAAGCGUAGUAAGUCUCUUUAUCAUUUUGUUGCAAGUAAAGCCACGCAAAGUCAAUGGUGCCGCCUUGUAAACAUGCAUGUUCUGCGACAUCGGAACCUUUCGCCGGAGUAAAACGAACACUUUUGGUGACAUGUUCAUUUCCACAAGUUUAAACAAGAACUUCAGCAUGAUGAAUCUUUCCUUUGCGUUGUUUGCAGGU